AUGUCGUCCGGGUGCUCGCUCGAGGCCGACAACGUCUUCGGCCCCGUGGUGAGCCAUGCCUGCCGUGAUGGCUUUGAUUUCACUCUACUGUUUGAGCAGUCCAUUCUCGGUCUGCUCCAUGCCCUCGCGUUCCUUCUCGCGUCCCCCCUCCGAGUGCGACACUUGGCCAAGCGAGAUGUUCGUACCCGGAGCAACACGACGAGGAUGGCAAAACUGGUAAUCGCCCUGGGUUUCGCCGCACUACAACUCACGCUGCUCGUCUGCUGGGCGCGCAGCGUCACGCCCCGAACAAAGGUAUCCGUACCAUUCAGCACGAUCAAUCUGGUUGUGGCGAUGGAGAUCAUGGUAUUGUCGUGGAUGGAGGAUGCGCGAUCAGCCCGGCCGUCGUCAUUGCUCAAUCUCUACCUACUCCUGACGCUCCUCUUUGACAUUGCACAGGCUAGAACCCUAUGGCUAGCUCGCAGUGGGGUUCAUAUUCCUAUCUUGUUCACAACAAGUGUCGCAGCAAAGACCACAAUGCUCUUGCUUGAGAGCCUAGAGAAGCGGGAAUACCUCACAGGGAAGUACCAAGACCUGCCGCCAGAGUCGACAAGUGGCAUCGUGAACCGGACCUUCAUGUGGUGGCUGAACCGUCUAUUUCUGGCUGGAUUCCGGUCCUUGCUUACCGUAGGGGAUUUAUUUAUUCUGGAUAAGCGCCUGGCAUCUGUUGGCCUUGCCAAAAAGGCGCAACGAGCAUGGACCCAACGCCGGAGUCCUGAACGACGCUUCGAAUUUCCAUGGCAGAUGUGUCGGGCCCUGUGGUGGCCUUUGGUGUCGGCGGUAUUUCCGCGACUAUGUCUGAUCGGCUUCACUUUCGCGCAGCCCUUUCUAAUCACCUCCACUCUCGACUGGCUCAAUGACCCGCACAGUGCGGAGAACAAAGGCUAUGGUCUGAUCGGAGCCACGGUUUUAAUCUAUUUGGGCUUGGCAAUCUUCACGUUGCAUUAUGAUCAUAAACUGUAUCGCUUUCUUACAAUGUUCCGAGGGGCCGCUUCGUCGUUGAUUUAUGAGCAUGCGCUUCGCAUCCCUGAUGGCGAGCUAGAAGACCGGUCGGCAACGAUCACCCUCAUGACAACCGACAUCGACCGGAUUACGGCUUGUUUGGCUAAUCUGAAUGAAUGCUGGGCUCGCGCAAUUGAAGUUGUUAUUGGCAUUACCCUACUCGCCCUCCGACUCGGUUGGGUCAGUCUGAUGCCAGUGAUCAUCGUAAUCGUAUCCAGUCUAGGCAGCACUCAAAUAUCGAAGAAUAUCGGGAACCGACAAAAGGUGUGGGUGGAUGCGGUGCAGCAACGAAUUGCGAUUACCAGCUCUAUGCUUGCGGAAAUCCAGAUUGUCAGGCGAAUGGGGUUGAGCAAAACCUUCACAAAGCUUAUCCAGGAUCAAAGGGUCCAGGAGACACAUCGGAUGGCAGGUUAUCGAAGGAGUAUCGUUUGGCAAAACAUGAUCCAGAACCUGCCGUGGGCAUUGGCACCGGCUCUGACAUUCGUGGUAUAUGCGUCCCAGGGACAGGCACUCGAUAUCACUAAUGCCUUUAGUAGUCUGUCGGUGAUCACUCUCCUGACGAUCCCAGCCUCAAAGCUUUUAAGUGCCAUUCCAUCGACUGCUGCAGCUGUAGGGUGCUUUGACAGGGUUCAAGCAUUUCUCUUGACUCCAAUCGAACAAUACAACCGGAGGAUCGUGCCUGAUGCUGUGAAGAAUCCUCUCGUCCACACCCACCUGAGAUCUGACAGUUUGGUGUCUCUGCCGUCGAGAAAUUCAGAUUCUGCAAACCCGUCAUCUCCAGUUAUUGUUAUGGAUAGUGUCAGUAUCCGUCCGUUAAUAAAAGCAAAACCUGUGCUGCAGAAUAUCACUUUUCAGGUCCCUCAAGGAGCACUGGUUAUGGUCCAGGGACCGGUAGGAUCGGGAAAGUCCACUCUGCUUCGUACUAUACUCGGCCAAGCUGUGUGCGAGUCGGGUGUCGUUACAGUGGCCAUUCCACGCCCUGCUUAUUGCGCGCAGACGCCAUGGCUCUCAGAUAGCACCAUACGUGAUGCAAUUUGCGGAGGAGCCCAGACGGGACCAGCCAAGGGGCAACCGAUUGAUCGCGAGUGGUACGAAGCCGUCCUGCAUGCGUGUGCCCUUGCUCCAGACCUGAUGCUAUUGCCGAAGGGAGAUGCCACGCAGAUCAGCGGUGGAUCGGGUCCUACGCUAAGCGGUGGUCAGAUGCACCGGGUGGCUCUCGCCCGAGCAGUCUAUGCCCGAAGGAAGCUUGUUCUGUUGGAUGAUGUGUUCAGUGCAUUAGAUCGGAAAACAAAAGCCGUCAUCAUGGAGCGUCUCUUCGGGGGGAACGGUCUCCUUCGAAGGCUUAAGUCGACUGUCAUCUUAGUGAUACAUGAAACUGAAUAUCUCUCAUACGCCGAUCAGGUUUUAGUCCUGUCUGACGGCAACCUCCGACAAGAAGAAGCCCACGAACGAAAGCUUCGCCAACCGAGUUCUUUUCCUACUGCAGCAAAUGAGAGGGACAAUGAAGGAGAGUACAAGGAGCCCACCAUCAAGGACAUAGCGGCUCGGCUCUCUCAAAGAAAUCAGAUCAAUGAUUUGAAAAGGGCAACGGGUGACUUUGCUGUCUACAAGUACUACUUGCGCUAUAUCGGCUGGUCGAAGAUUACGACUUUCCUCAUCUUCGUGAUUGUACAUGUGGUCUGCAGCACGUAUAGUCAAAUCUGGCUGAAACGCUGGGCCAACCGCGGCGGAGGGCAAAAGCCGCUCUACGUGACUGUCUAUCUCCUUCUGGCGAUAUUCAAUACCGUCGGAAUUGGCGGUUAUGUUUGGGCCAUUCUUGUGCUUAUCUCACCCGCAACGGCACGUAGGCUACACUAUGUCGUCCUAAAGACCGUCAUGAGAGCAUCUCCAAGGUUCCUCGCUACUACCGAUAGUGGCACAAUUUUGAACAGGUUUAGUCAGGACAUGACUCUGAUCGAGAGUCAACUGCCUGUUGGCGUUUUGAUUGCAGUUACAAAUCUCUUCUCCGCCGUUGCCAGCGCUGCGCUUAUUGCGACAGGCUCGAGCUAUAUGGCAAUAACCGUGCCUUUCCUCAUCAUUGCCGUUCUCGUUCUGCAGCAUUUCUACCUCAGAACAUCACGACAGAUGCGACUUCUGGAUCUCGAAAGUAAAAGUCCGCUAUAUUCGCAUUUUCUUGAUACCGUCAAAGGGCUUGCCACAAUUCAAGCUUUUGGCUGGGAAGAUGACUUCCGGACGAAGAACCUACGGCUGCUAGAUAAUUCCCAACGGCCACAUUAUCUACUAUACUGCAUCCAACGCUGGCUCACCCUGGCCUUGGACCUAAUCGCUGCAGCGGAAGCGGUGAUUCUCGUUAGCCUGGCCGUAUUUCUGAGGCAUUCGACUAACGUUGGACUACUGGGAGUCUCCCUUAACAACGUGCUUACAUUCAAUAGCAGCCUUUCUUCUUUGAUAUCCGGCUGGACCCAGCUGGAGAUAUCGCUCGGCUCUAUCUCGCGCGUGAAAGACUUUGAGAUGGAAGUGGCCCGCGAAGAAGAGUACCAGAAGAUGGAGCCCCCUCGUGACUGGCCAGAUCAGGGAGCCAUUGAAUUUUCGGGAGUGACAGCGCAGUACAGUCCGGAUGCCAUUGCUCUGAAGGGCGUCUCCUUCAAGGCUUACCCGGGCCAAAAGAUUGGUAUCUGCGGACGCACUGGGAGUGGGAAGAGCUCCCUCUUAUCUACGCUACUCGGCAUGCUCGACAUCACCAGCGGAUCUGUUGUCAUCGACAACAUUGAUCUCGCCGCCAUUCCCCGUGAGACGGUUCGAGAGCAAGUAAUCACCAUUCCCCAGGACCCAUUACUCCUAGUAGGCUGCACCGUGAGACUCAACGUAGACCCAGCCGGGCAGCUCUCCGAUGCCGAUCUGAUUGCUGCCUUGGACCGAGUCGGGCUCUGGACAGACGUACUUGAAGCGAGAGGCGGACUCGACGCGGAGAUCAAAGACGCCCUCUCGUUAUCGCGGGGUCAGCAGCAGCUUCUGGAGCUUGCCCGUGCCAUGCUGAAGCUCCACGUAAGCCACUCCAAGAUUGUCCUUCUGGAUGAAGCAACCAGUGGCGUUGAUGUGGAAACAGAUGCCCGGAUGCAGGAUAUUCUGCGACAGGCGCCGUUCAACUCAUGCACAAUCCUGACCGUGGCCCAUCGUGUCUCCACGAUCCGGGAUUCGGAUCUGGUGAUUGUUCUGGAUAAGGGAAGGGUAGUGGAAAUGGGUAAACCUGGGGUUCUUGCUGGUCAGAACGGGAGUAAUUUCGCCAGUCUUUUGAAUAUCUAGUAGUCACUCGUCGUGAAUGAAUGAAGUCUCCAC